GUGUCACACAGGCGGAUGUGGGCAAGGCGUUGGCCAAUCUCAAGUUACCUGGUGUCGGCGCGCUGUCGCAGAGCACAAUCUGCCGCUUCGAGAGCCUGACGCUGUCCCACAACAAUAUGAUCGCCCUCAAGCCCAUAUUGCAGGCGUGGCUGGAGGAGGCAGAGGCGCAGGCGAAAAACAAGCGGCGGGAUCCGGAUGCGCCCAGCGUGCUGCCGGCGGGCGAAAAGAAAAGAAAAAGGACUUCCAUUGCGGCACCUGAAAAGCGUUCCCUGGAAGCCUACUUCGCCGUCCAGCCGAGGCCGUCCGGUGAGAAAAUCGCUGCCAUUGCCGAAAAGCUGGAUUUGAAGAAAAACGUGGUGCGCGUCUGGUUCUGCAAUCAACGCCAAAAACAAAAACGUAUAGUUAGUAGUGUAACACCAUCAAUGACGGGACACGGCUCAGCGGGAUUCGGAUACUGAUAGUCAUUUACGACGGCAGCAGCAACAGCAACAGCAACAGCAACAUCAGCAGCAACAUCAGCAGCAGCAGCGACAGCAGCAACAG